GGAGUUGAAGGAGAGUAAGUGUUCAUCACUCGAUUCUUUGCGCGCUUCUGUGAAAAUAUUUGAACAAAAGAGGCGCUCAUUUCAGCGGAUCCCAUGUGUUUGGACGGGCCGAAAACUUUUGUUUAAAGGUGGUGUUUCCAGUAAUGAUGUCAUCCUGUAGUCCUCUUCUAUUGGCUGUGUCAUGCUGUUUGAUUGCUCUGACAUCAUCACUCAACCUGGACGACCCUAAUGUCUGCAGUCACUGGGAGAGUUACUCAGUGACCGUGCAGGAGUCAUACGCUCACCCGUUUGAUCAGAUUUACUACACCAGCUGCACGGACAUCCUCAACUGGUUCAAAUGCACUCAGCACAGGGUGAGCUACAGGACGGCCUACCGCAGGGGGGAGAAGACGAUGCAUCGCCGCAAGUCUCAGUGCUGCCCAGGCUUCUAUGAAAGCAGAGAUAUAUGUGUUCCCCACUGUGCUGAGAAAUGUGUGCAUGGCCGUUGUGUGGCCCCCAACACCUGUCAGUGUGAGCCAGGCUGGGGAGGGGCCGACUGCUCCAGUGCAUGUGAUCAUGAGUACUGGGGUCCGCACUGCAGAAGUCGCUGUCAGUGUAAGAACGAGGCGCUGUGUAACCCCAUCACUGGAGCAUGCAUCUGUGCUCCUGGCUACCGCGGCUGGCGCUGUGAGGACCUAUGUGAGCGUUCCACCUAUGGCAACAACUGCCAACAGAAAUGCCUGUGCCAGAACAACGCCACAUGCCAUCACAUCACAGGAGAGUGUGUGUGCAGCCCAGGAUACACGGGAGCAUUCUGUGAGGACUUGUGCCCUCCAGGGAAACAUGGGCAGCAGUGCGAGGAGCGCUGCCCCUGUCAGAACGGUGGCGUGUGUCAUCAUGUGACUGGAGAAUGUUCCUGCCCGGCUGGCUGGAUGGGAGCAGUGUGUGGACAACCGUGUCCGGCAGGACGCUUCGGUAAGAACUGCUCGCAGGAGUGUCAGUGUCAUAAUGGAGGAAGCUGUGCUCCGUCCACUGGACAGUGUGUGUGUAGCGCAGGAUACACAGGAGAGAGGUGUCAGGAUCAGUGCCCGGUUGGCACAUAUGGUAUUGGCUGCAGCCAGACGUGUGGCUGUGUGAACGGCGCCCAGUGCUAUCACGUGAGUGGAGCCUGUCUGUGCGAGCCAGGAUACACGGGUGAAAGCUGCGAGGAGCGCAUCUGUUCGGACGGUUUGUACGGCCUCAAGUGUGACAGGAAGUGCCCUUGUCAUGCCGAUAACACACGCAGCUGCCACCCCAUGUCGGGUGAAUGUUCAUGCCUGUCGGGCUGGUCUGGGUUGUACUGUAACGAGACGUGCGCUCCUGGUUUUUAUGGGGAGGCGUGUAAGGAGGUCUGUCACUGUCAGAACGGAGCUGACUGCCACAGCGUGAGCGGGGAAUGUGUCUGUGCGCCAGGAUAUAAGGGCUCAGAUUGCUCAACAGCCUGCCCCGCGGGCACAUACGGCAUCAACUGCACCUCUCUGUGCUCCUGUAAGAACGGAGCCUUUUGCUCACCCAUCGAUGGAUCCUGUUCCUGUCAAGCAGGGUGGCAUGGGGUGGACUGCUCGAUUAACUGCCCCAGUGGCACGUGGGGUCUAGGUUGUAACCUGACGUGUGUGUGCAGUAAUGGAGGCGCUUGCGACGCUCUGGAUGGGAGGUGCACGUGUACUCCAGGCUGGAGAGGAGACAGAUGUGAUCAACACUGUCAGGACGGGACGUAUGGAUUGGACUGUCGUGAGCGCUGUGACUGCAGUCAUGCGGAUGGGUGUCACCCCUCAACUGGACACUGCCGCUGUCUGGCCGGCUGGACAGGCAUUCACUGUGACAGCAUGUGUGCUGAGGGCCGCUGGGGGCCGAACUGCUCCCUGUCCUGUAACUGUAAGAAUGGAGCGUCAUGCUCACCCGACGAGGGCGCUUGCGAGUGCGCGCCUGGAUUCAGAGGAACCACCUGCCAGCGCAUCUGUUCUCCGGGUUUCUUUGGCCACCGCUGUAGCCAGGCAUGUCCGCAUUGCGUCCACAGCAGUGGCCCCUGUCACCAUGUGACCGGCCAGUGUGACUGUCAGCCUGGUUUUAAAGGGGCGCUCUGCAACGAAGUGUGUCCCAGUGGCAGGUUUGGCAAGAACUGUGCGUGGAGCUGCACCUGCACUAAUAACGGCACAUGUAAACCCUUCGACGGCUCAUGUCAGUGUUACCCUGGCUGGAUCGGCAGUGACUGCUCACAGCCGUGUCCUCCGGGUCAGUGGGGUCCUGACUGCAUCCAAACUUGUAACUGCCACAACGGGGCAUUCUGCAGCGCUUAUGAUGGCGAGUGUAAGUGUACGGCUGGCUGGACGGGGCUGUACUGCACACAACGCUGUCCCUUGGGCUUCUACGGUAAGGAUUGUGUGCUGGCGUGCCAGUGUGAGAAUGGUGCAGACUGCGAUCAUAUCUCGGGUCAUUGCACGUGCCGCACUGGCUUCAUGGGACGCCACUGUGAACUGAAAUGUCCUGCGGGAACAUACGGAUACGGCUGCCGGCAGGUGUGUGAUUGUCUCAAUAACUCUACCUGUGAUCACAUGACUGGCACCUGCUACUGUAAUCCCGGCUGGAAAGGCACACGCUGUGACCAGGCUGGCGUGAUCAUUGUAGGGAAUCUCAACAGUUUGACGAGCGCUGCUGUGCCUGUGGACUCGUAUCAGAUUAGUGCUAUUGCAGGAAUCAUCGUCCUGGUACUUCUUGUGCUCAUCCUCCUCCUCCUCUUCAUCAUUUACCGCAAAAAACAGAAAGGCAAAGAUUCCACGAUGCCUGCGGUCACAUACACACCCACCAUGAGGGCCAACACCGAUUACGCCAUCGCAGAGUCGCUCCCGCAGACUGAUGUCCUUCCCAACAGUAACUAUUUCUCCAACCCCAGCUACCACACGCUGACCCAGUGCAGCAGCCCGCCUCACAUCAAUAACCUGCCCUAUGGAAAGCCGAAGAACAACCAGUUGUUUGUAAACCUGAAGAACGCUGAGCCGAGGAAACGGCUUUCCCUGCUUGAACACACAGGAACUCUGCCGGCUGACUGGAAGCAGGGCGGAUCUUUCAAUGAGCUUGGAGCUUAUGGAGUUGACAGGCGUUACAUGGGAAAAUCACUUCGAGAUCUUGUGAAAAGUGUGCCCUAUCAUGCCAGUUCCUGCUCUCUCAAUAGUUCAGAGAACCCGUACGCCACCAUCAAAGACCCUCCUCUGUUGUUGACCAAGAGCUCUGAGUGCGGUUAUGUGGAGAUGAAGUCACCCGCUCACAGAGAUUCACCGUAUGCUGAGAUACACGCCUCCAGCCCUGCCAACAAAAAUGUCUACGAAGUUGAGCCGACCAUCAGUUCUGUUCACACACUCUCUAACAACAGCUGUAAUGGGCCGUUUUGUCAAGAUCCAUAUGACCUACCAAAGAACAGCCACAUCCCAUGUCAUUAUGACCUACUGCCCACGAGAGACAGCAGCCCCUCGCCCCAUGAGGACACAGACAGCAAAUAGAUGCUCACAGACUUCAUUAACGGAUCAUCCACAGCAUUCCAUUAACAAUUUUAUUGCUGUUAUUGUUGUCAUUCAUCAUUAUAAAAGUUCUUAAUUACUUCUGGCUUGCAAUUUUGAAUAGUUCUUGAAUAGUAAACAUUCCCAAUAUUCAGCUCAAUUCAUGUGAGCAAAAACGGCUCAUUCCAUUCAUUAAUAACCACAUAUCACACAAAUACAAGACAAUCCUCAAUGUUUCUGAUAAGAUAUAUGUCAGAUUAUUCCCAAUUACAGUUUUCUGUUUCUUUCAUUAUGAUAUUUAGUAUGAUAUUUAGUAAUGUUUAUUGAGACCAGACUGUCGGCUCAAUGUUUCUGUUGAUUAAUUUUUUUAUUAUUAUUAUUUUUUUUUUUUUUUGUCCGAAAGUAUUUCAGGUUUACCAAAGGUUGUCAUGCCCUGUUAAAGCACUGACACUGUAUUUAUAUUGACAGCUUCCCAUAUAGUUUACAGUUACAAAUUUCAACAUUAACAUAAUUUUUUUGGCUUGCGCCUUUUGAUUUUAGUUCUAUAAAACUUGAUCACUGAAAUGAAGGACAAAUACUUUAUAGUGUGUAGUACUUUAUAGUUUUAAAGCUAAAGCUAAAGCUGGACUUUUGCAAAGAAAGACAAAUCUUAAAGAUGAUGUGAUGGGGACAGUUUGAUAUAAGUACAUUUUUGGAGUAUUUAGGACAUACAUUCAUAUGUUUUAUGAGUCUUAAAGCACUCUGAGCCUGAACUUUAAUUGUAAAAAACUGUACAUAGUACCAGUUCUUCUAUUAAUUGCAUUUACUUGCUUUAAAAAUGUAACAUAUUCCUAAAUUCCUUUAUAACUUGACCAAUAUUGUUCAGAGCAGGACAAGCAGUGAAGACUCAUCCUUUACUGACUGGACCUCGGUAUACUAUGUUUUCCAUACAAUUGUUUAUUUUAUUUUAUUUCAUUUCAGUUCACUAAAUAUGCCACACAAAGAAAUUAAUAAUACUGAUUCCAAAAACAACUGAGUGUGUAUGAGUGUGUGCUGUAUGUAUCUUAAAACUGUAUCUUUGUUUUGCUUUUCUCGUGAUUUUUUAAAUAAAUGCACACAGUUGCACAA